AGGCAGAAAAAGACCCACCGAUGCCCAGAUUGUGGGAAAUGCUGCCAGACGUUAUCGGCGCUACAAAUACACAUGAGAACCCACACAGGAGAGAAGCCUUAUACCUGCUCUGAGUGUGGGAAGGGCUUCACUCAUCAAUGUAGUUUGAGAUGCCACCACCAGAAGAAACAUUCUGAACAGAUUAAAACUGACCCGGAUGACAAGAUUGGCUGCUGUUGUGGACAAGAGUUCUCCUCAAAGAAUGUUCUGGAGGUUCACUUGAAGACAAACACUGGAGACAAGCCUUACACCUGCUGUGUGUGUAAGAAGACCUUUACUCAUAAAGCAUUACUGAAAGUACACCAGCGAUCCCACACAGGAGAGAAGCCUUUCUCUUGCUCUCUGUGUGAGAAGAGUUUUACUCAAAAAGGAAAUUUGACAACACACGAGAAGUCGCACGCCGGAGAGAAACACCCUUGCUCAGUCUGUGGAAAGAGUUUCACUCAGAAAGGCUAUCUGAAGAUUCAUCAGCGGCUUCACUGUUCCGAAGGGGAGUUGAGUUCCUCUGUAUCAAGAGCACUUGAACACCGACAGAGGAGAGCUAAGGCGACUCACAGAUGCCCAGACUGUGGGAAGGAGUUCCCUCAAACGUAUUACCUGGACAGACACAUGAGAACACACACAGGAGAGAGGCCUUACCAGUGCUCUGUGUGUGGGAUGAGGUUCACGCAGAAAGGAAAUUUAAAAACGCAUCAGAAAGUGCACACAGGAGAUUAUCCCUCCAGCUCCUGGUCCACUGGUGAGGGGAGUCCCUGUACAUCGGGAGAAGCUGAACAACACCAGGAGAACCACGCCGACGUCACAUCUCACGGCUGCCUCGUGUGCGGCGAGGAACACUCUAACCUCCCGGAACUACACAAACACAUGAGAUCUCACUCGGGAGAAAAGCGCCUCGUCUGCCCUGUGUGUGGCAAGACUUACCCCAGAGAAUUUGACCUCAAAGUCCACCUCAGAACACACACAGGAGAGAAACCCCACGAGUGCAUCGAAUGCGGCAAGAGCUUUGUUCGUAAACAAGGGCUCCGGCAGCACCAGCGGACACAUGACGCCAAGCCCAUCGGACCGACCCGCCAGCUAGGCAGGCCAAAGCACUUAACCAGGGCUCAAAUGUCCAAGAAAUUGCCUAAGAUGGAGAGUGAUACAGAGAUGCAGGACUGCCAAGUACUAUGACAAUUAACCACGACUUUGUCUCUUUAGUAGGUAGGAGUUCUUCUUCUCGCUGAAGCUCUGUCUGUGUUGUCGCCAUCUCUGAUCAGUUAGAUAAUCAUGCUAACUCUCACUCAUCUCAUCAAUCAACAUAUUAUGAUCAACAAAAGGGGGGAGGGGGGGGGGUCAAUUUUUCAUCAAUGCUGUGAUGGUGCUAAGAAAUCAACCUUGUAGCCCACUUGUGAAAUGUUCCUCACUGAGAAUAACCAUGUCAUGAUUAAUAAAGUAGCAUUCUGGUUAUGGUUCCUGUUGUCUUUCCCUCCAGCUCAGAUGGUGGCAGUAAUGUCCAGGCAGGAGAGGACCUGAAGGACACAAGGAAGUAGUAAUGUAGCUAGCUAAGCUAACGUUGGAUAAGCGGUUGUUUACGUUCUCACUUCACUGACUAACGUUAGCUUGCAACUAGCUAGCGUAACCUUUCUUUGAGCUGAACGCAACAAGGAAAGAACAACAUGUUUGUUCUUC